CGCGCGUCGUGGACGCGUUCAAGGCCGUUCACUGGCAGUGGGAAACCGGCCUCUCAUUACAACGUCACUUGCUGCUACACGCCUCGAAGCACGGCUGCGGCGUCGUCCGACGUCUAGCACGCAGGUCAUCGUCCCGCUGCCAGGGGCGUCGGGCGCCUGCACGCUGUGCCUUUAUUACCCGUCGCGCAGCCAAAGCCAGGUCUGCCCCGUCACCAACCCUCCCUCUUCGCCGUUGAGCACUCACCCCCGCGGCUUCGACCGUCGCCAGAGACAGCAGCCCAGUGCCGGGACGGAAUCCUCUCCCAUCUCUUGUUCUUUCUUCUCAUCAUUUCCACGCAAAACACGCCCGUAGCCCCAUCCUUGUGCUUUGGGCAAGGGCUAUGCCUACCAACCCGUGCUUACAGCCUUAGCUCUACCCACCGUCUCACUCUCACCUGCUUUGCUCCUGCAUGAAAAGAUAAGAGUUUGGAAAAAAGGGGUGGAAGACCCUUCUUGCUACCGAGAUCCUCUGGGGUCCACUGUUUAGUUUGGUCCUUCAAAGAGAUCGGAUGAGUGUCAAGGACGAUUUCUUUUUAACGCAGGCAAUCUAACGGACCACGUGACAUCAUGGGAGCCAAGCGGAAGAGGCCUGCCACCAGGAACGCGUCGGCGAACAAGAGAACGAAGAUUGCAUGUGUGGCAACGGGUCGCAAAACCAAUGGUGCGUAUGUCCAGCGGCUUGUGGACCAUGCAAUCGGAACCAUACACAAUGAGCAGAUAUAUGUGUGCACGUGAGUGUGGAGGGCGAGUGCAGGCGAGUCUGUACUGGCCACAUGCUAACAUGUAUGCGAACCGCGGAUGGAUAUGCCCGCAUCUAUGAAGGGCGUACAGCUGCGUAUCGAGCACCUCCCUCUCCUGUGCGCGCAUACCCACGCACCCACAUCUGGUAGUUCCUACGCGUCGUCCACGCCCAAAGCAGUAUUAUGCUACCCUCGCUGACAUGAUCAUACACUUGCACAGCCAGCAACGAUGCCGACAACGCCGUCCAAAUCGACCACCCAGUGCUCAAGCACUACUUCUCACGCGUGACCACGUUGCGUGAGCAUCUCGCAAGCGACCUGCGGGAGCGGUUUCCUUCUGCUACCGCUGCGCAGGUGCUGGACCGGCUUGCCACCCAGGCCGAUCAUCGCGUAACCAAUCUGCUUGACUCUGUCCUGGUGGGCUGUCGCACAUCCGCUGCAGACAGGCGCGCCCACCGUGAGCGUCGCGCCAAAGACCUCAUCUCCUUCACGCAACAGCUGCCCUCCUCCACCAUCGGUAGUAGUGCUGGGGCCGGGCCCGGGGCCGGGGCGGCUCAACUUGAGGUCGUCGACUUUGUCGUUUGGCUGCUCUUCCGCCGGAACCAGCUCGUCACUCGUCCGCAGCAUCUUCUCGCUCAGGGAUUCGAUCGCCUGUCCGCCGUCCAUGCGCAAGCACGGCCAGGCGGCCUCAAUGCCGUGAGCGCCUUGCCCAGCAUCCCGGGCAUCGUGUGCACUUUCGCGAAUCCGCACGUUGAGUUCGUCACGUCCGCGGCAUGGUGUGCGCUGUUGCGGCUGCUUGGGCCUGGGGGUGACAUCGUCAUGGUCGAUCUCCUCUUGGAGUGCUGCCUCUUCCUGCCCCUUUCUCCCUCUCCUUCUGAUAGUUCAGGUAGUCGUAAUGUGAGAAGUCUAAAGCAGUUCAGCGGUGUUCCUCUCUCUUCACUCCAGCCGUGCGCUAGUCUCGUUGCCGCCUCUGCCGACGCCUCUGUAGCCCCUAAUCGCGCAUCGGACGUCGCUCUCAGACCUGCUGCGCCCGGAGCGCUGACCAGCGUCGCACAAUCUGGGGCCAACACUCUCUCCAGACUGCCCUCUCAGAUCAGGUUCGUCCGCAACAGGAUGUUCUUUGCCCAGCCAUCCGUCAGCGCCAACGGUAGAAUCAAGUUCGGCCUUCACAGCAUUCAUGUUUUGAAUCGGUAUCCAGAUUUCCGCGAUAAGGAACAGACUGUGCAUGUGCUCAAAUACAUUUUCCCGCGACAGUUCGGCCUGCACAAUGUUUUCACCUCCGCGGUAGACAGUCGCGAGUCUGCGCUGCCGUUCAAGGACUACACGUUGCGUGAAGCUGAGAUCAAACGGCUCACUAUGAAUCAGCCUCGUGGACGUGAUUCGACGCUAGAACAGCCGCAGUUGAAAGUUCCGAAGCGUUUGGCGGGCGAUGCCCUAGAGCUCGUGGGUAAAAUGAGGAAGCUACAUGCACGGUGCGAAUACACUCAGCUGCUCAAGUAUUACUGUGAGCUGUCGGAUGCGUCGGCUGCUCUCAUCGACAAAGGCGAGGCGCCAUCGGCAAUCACUGACUUGGCGACACCUGUAUCCCGCGUGUCCGCCUUUUGUCAGGCCGUGAUCAAAAAAGUCAUCCCAAAGGCGUUCUGGGGCGAUGGCGAAGAAGGCAAGCACAAUAGACGCAUUGUCCUGAAGCACGUUGACAUCUUUCUGCGGGCCCGCAAGUUCGAGAGUUUCACGCUGCACAGUAUCACGGACGGCCUCAAGGUCAAGGCCAUGUCGUGGCUCCGCCUCCCACACCAGCAGGCACACCACAACAUGUCGCGGUCAGACUUUGCCAAGCGCAAGGAGCUGAUCGCCGAGCUCGUCUACUACGUGUUCGACUCACUGCUCGUCCCGCUUGUGCGGUCCAACUUUCACGUCACCGAGUCGAACGCGCAUCGGAACCGGCUCUUCUACUUCCGGCACGACGUGUGGCAGGCCGCGUGCGCGCCCGCUCUCGAGACUUUCAAAUCCAGCUUGUUUGAGGAGCUGAACGCGCGAAGCACGAAGCAGCGCCUCGCGGGAAGGACUUUCAAGUAUAGUACUGUGAGGUUGUUGCCCAAGGUGACUGGCUUCAGGCCAAUCACGAAUCUGAGACGCAGGCCGUACGUCUGGGUCAACGGGCGGAAGAUGCUGGGCAAAAGCAUAAACGCUGCGCUGAAUCCGGCAUUCAGGGCGCUGAACUGCGAGAAGGCAACACACCUGGAUGACCUCGGCUGCUCUCUGUUCUCGGUGGGAGACAUCUACCCGAGACUGAAGGAAUACGCAUCCAGACUGCGCCAGCUCGGCCUUUCUGGCCAGCGCUUGUAUUUUGCCAAAGUGGACGUCCAGGCUUGCUUCGACACAAUACCGCAAAAAUCGGUGCUCAAUGUGGUGAAAGAGCUGCUUUCCACCACAGAGUAUAUAGUUGCCAAUGACGCGCGGGUGAAGCCGCCCGAGCUCACGACGCGGCGUAGGGGCGAGCAGAGUGUGCGGCCGAUCGUCAAGUUUUCUUCUCGCGCGCGGCCAGCGGGCUUCAUUGCGUCGGAGGCGAGCGUCGAGACGGCCGAGCUGUCCAAGCUGGGCAGCGACGUUCUCGUUGCGCCGCUCAACCAGCAGGCCUACCACCAGCGCCAGAUUGAGGAAAUGAUCACCGAGCACGUCGAGUUCAAUCUGAUCAAAAUCGGCCGCAAAUACUACAGGCAAAAGAACGGGAUCCCCCAGGGCUCCGUGCUGUCAAGCCUGCUGUGCAACUUCUUCUACGGACGGCUGGAGAGGGCAGAGCUGCGUUUCCUACAGAACGAGCACACGUGUCUGCUCCGGCUGAUCGACGACUUCUUACUCAUCACGACGGAAAAGAAACUCGCGGAACGCUUUCUACAGGUUAUGCACAGAGGCCUGCCUGAGUACGGUGUCGCGGUCAAGCCAGCGAAGAGCCUGGUGAAUUUUGACUUCGUCGCCAACGACGGUCACACCAAGCUGCCGAGGGCUGACGGUCCUGGGUUUCCAUAUUGCGGUCUGAGCAUUGACAUGGCCACACUCGAACUCAGCAAGAACGGCGAACUCAAGCCGGGCACGACGGUGUCAGACUCACUCACCGUGGAAUAUUCAACCAUGCCGGGCAGGACGUUCCGUCGAAAGGCGCUCAAUGCGCUCAAGAUCCAGAUACACCGCAUGUACUUCGACACGUCCUUCAACAGCCUCGAUACCGCACUCGCGAAUCUCUAUCGGCUGUUCCACGACGCGGCGCAACGAGCAGAGCACUACAUGCGUAGCAUGCCCAAGCACGCCUCACUUUCGGUUGAAACCUUAAUAAACACGAUCAAAGAUCUUGCACAGUUGGCGUGGACGAUGAUCCGCGACCGACACGUGCGCAAGCCCAGAGGUAGCAGCGACCGCAGCGAUUACGAAUGUGCCAUCCGGAAGACGCAAGCUUUCUGCGUUGCGUAUCAAGCUUUCCGGGACGUGUUUAUGCUGAGACAGACCAAGCAUGCUGCGCUGCUUGAUUGGCUGCAGAGCGAGAUCAAGUCAUCUUGGCCAGCGGUCGGGGUGGAGCGUGCUGCCCUGUUACGAGUGGUACCAUCGAUGCUCGAGUAA